AUGCAUCAGAUUGAUAAUGAAGUUAUGGAACUACCAAACACAUUUGAGCCACUGGGUACGCCAAGAAGUUUUACCAAUAGAUUGAAACAGCAGCAAAAUCUAUCGGAGAAGAGGUUGAGAAUGGUGCGCGCUCUUCGUCAGAAAACAAGGCCUCUAAAAAUAAAAAUGGCAAAUCUGGAACAAAUUCCUGAAGAGUUUAAGACCAAAGCGCUUGUUUACGACGACGAUAGCAAUCUACUUUACUCGAUCGGAUCCUAUCAAUAA